AUGGCCCCCUCAGCCUGGGCCAUCUACUGCCUCCUGUGGGGCCUCCUGCUCCGCGGCGGCAGCCUCAGCCCUGGCCCCAGCGUGCCCCGCCUGCGGCUCUCCUACCGAGACCUCCUUUCUGCCAACCGCUCUGCCGUCUUUCUGGGUCCCCGGGGCUCCCUGGACCUUCGGGCCCUCUACCUGGACGAGUACCGGGACCGCCUGUUUCUGGGCGGCCGCGAUGCCAUCUACUCACUGCGGCUAGACCAGGCAUGGCUGGAUCCCCGGGAGGUGCUGUGGCCACCGCAGCCCGGACAAAGGGAGGAGUGUGUUCGCAAGGGAAGGGAUCCUUUGGUGGAGUGUGCCAACUUUGUGCGGGUGCUGCAGCCCCACAACCGGACCCACCUGCUGGCGUGUGGCACUGGUGCCUUCCAGCCAACCUGCGCCCUCAUUGCCGUUGGGCAUCGUGGAGAGCAUGUGCUCCGUCUGGAGCCCCGCAGUGUGGAAAGUGGGCGGGGGAGGUGCCCACACGAGCCCAGCCGUCCCUUCGCCAGCACCUUUGUAGGAGGGGAGCUGUACACGGGCCUCAAUGCCGACUUCCUGGGGCGUGAAGCCAUGAUCUUCCGGAGUGGGGGUCCCCGACCGGCCUUGCGUUCUGACUCUGACCAGAACCUCCUGCACGAGCCCAGGUUUGUGAUGGCCUCCCGGAUCCCUGACAGCUCCGACCAGGACGAUGACAAGGUGUACUUCUUCUUCUCGGAGACAGUGCCUUCACCUGAUGGAGGCCCGGGCCGUGUCACUGUCAGCCGCGUGGGCCGCGUCUGCGUGAAUGACGCAGGCGGCCAGCGGGUGCUGGUGAGCAAAUGGAGCACCUUCCUCAAGGCCAGGCUGCUCUGCUCCGUGCCUGGCUCUGGAGGUGCCGAGACCCACUUUGACCAGCUGGAGGACGUGUUCCUGCUGUGGCCCAAUGCAGGGAAGAGCCUGGAGGUGUACGCUCUGUUCAGCACAGUCAGUGCUGUGUUCCAGGGCUAUGCCGUCUGCGUGUACCACAUGGCUGAUAUCUGGGAGGUCUUCAAGGGGCCCUUUGCCCACCAAGAUGGUCCCCAGCACCAGUGGGGGGCCUAUGCGGGCAAGGUACCCUUUCCCCGUCCUGGUGUGUGCCCAAGCAAGAUGACCGCACAGCCAGGACGACCCUUUGGCAGCACCAAGGACUACCCGGAUGAGGUGCUGCAGUUUGCCCGAGCCCACCCACUCAUGUUCCGGCCAGUGCGUCCUCGGCAGGGUCGCCCCGUCCUCGUCAAAACCCACCUGGCCCAGCAGUUGCGUCAGAUCGUGGUGGACCGUGUGGAGGCAGAGGACGGGUCCUAUGACGUCAUCUUCCUGGGGACAGACUCAGGCUCCGUGCUCAAGGUCAUUGCCCUCCAGGUGGGGGACCCUGAUGAACCUGAGGAGGUGGUUCUGGAGGAGCUCCAGGUGUUUAAGGUGCCAACACCCAUCACUGAGAUGGAGAUCUCCGUCAAAAGGCAAAUGCUGUAUGUGGGCUCGAGGCUGGGCGUGGCCCGGCUGCAGCUGCACCAGUGUGAGACUUACGGCAGUGCCUGUGCAGAGUGCUGCCUGGCCCGGGACCCGUACUGUGCCUGGGAUGGUGCCUCCUGUACCCGCUACCGGCCCGGCACCAGCAAGCGCCGGUUCCGCCGGCAGGACAUCCGGCAUGGCAACCCUGCCCUGCAGUGCCUGGGCCAGAGCCAGGCGGAGGAGACUGCGGGACUCGUGGCGACCACCACAAUCUACGGCACAGAGCACAACAGCACCUUCCUGGAGUGCCUGCCCAAGUCCCCCCAGGCCGCUGUGCGCUGGUUCUUACAGAGGCCAGGGGAUGAGAGGCCUGACCAGGUGAAGACAGAUGAGCGCGUCCUGCAAACGGAACAGGGGCUGCUGUUCCGCAGGCUCAACCGCCUGGAUGCGGGCACCUACACCUGCAUGACGCUGGAGCACGGCUUCUCCCAGGUGGUGGUCCGCCUGGCUCUGGAGGUGAUCAUGGCUGCACAGCUUGACACUCUGUUCCCCUGGGAGCCGAGGCCAGAGGAGCCUGCAGCCCAAGGAGGCCCGGCCUCCACCCCCUCCAAGGCCUGGUAUAAGGACAUCCUGCAGCUCAUCGGCUUUGCCAACCUGCCCCGGGUGGAUGAGUACUGUGAGCGUGUGUGGUGCCCCUCCCGCAGCCGAGGCCGCAGCAAACAGGCCAAGGGCAAGAGCUGGGUGGGGCUGGAACUAGGCAAGAAGGUAAAGAGCCGGGUGCAAGCCGAGCGUAAUCGGACACCCCGGGAGGUGGAGGCCACAUAGAAGAGUGAGGAGGAGGGCGUGGUCGGGAUGGGCCAAGCGGCCAGCAGCAGCCCCCAGCCUCUCCCACCCACCCAGCUAGGGCAGAGGGGGCCGACAUGCCUGACUGCCUCUUAGAGA